UAGCAAAUGCUUUUACUAAAGGUUUCGAUUCCAAUCUUUGUUCUGAAUAUUGCGUAAUUAAUUUUUAGAAAGUACGUAAUCUGAAAUUUUGCGUUAUCACAUGUCAUGUUUCAGCCAAUCAGCAUCAUCCAUAUAAACCUGUUCCAGGGGGGUUGGCUGUUGAGAUAUUGCAAUUGUAAAUUAUAGUCUUAGAAAUAAAAUCAAGUAAUUUGAAAAUGUAAACAAACUUUAACAUCGAGAAAAUGUUUAACAUCGUCCACUUCGUUCGUAUUUCUUUAUUGCUGAUAUCUCUUACGUCUUUAAACGUUUGUAAAGACUCAGAAAAUUUCAACGAAAUUCACAAUUCUGUGAUGUUAUCAAAUGAGCUUGAUCGCAAAACACAAUUGGUAAUUGUUGGAACAAUAGAUGGUAAGUUAUGGGGACUGGAUCCAACUUCUGAUGGUAUGGUGAAAUGGAGUGCAGUUGUCUCCGAGAAACCGUUGCUUUUAUCAACUUUGAGUUCUGUUCAGAUGAUCAAUGAAUUUACUGGUUUUCGUCUUAUUCCAUCAUUGAAUGGAGACCUUUAUCAGUUUUCAUGGGAUGGAAUUCAGAUGAUACCUUUGAAUGCCGAGUCUUUGUUGAGCUCCUCCAUCAAAAUCAAUGAUGGAGUAGGUAUUGUUGGUGGUAAAAAUCUUUGGCAAACUGGAAUUGAUCCAGAAACAGGAAAGGUGAUCUACUCCUGUUCUGAUGAUGGUUGCAGCAGAUAUGAAACUGAAUCCAUGCAAGGUAUUCUUGUACUCAAACGUACCCAAAGAACUGUACGAGCUGUAAAUGAAAGGACUGGGACUGAACGAUGGAAUUUUUCAGUUGGACAACACAAGUUGAGUUUUGUUGAUGUUAAUGAAAAUGUCUCUCAUCAACCGUUAGAUGAAAAUGUUUUAUUAAAUAUGAAAAGAAAAAUACAAGUAGCAAUACCUGAAGGAAUAGUUACCAUGGUAACAAGGUCAAAGACUGGCAAACAAAAGACGUUGUGGAAACAGCAACUGGGUAAUCCUAUUGUUGCUGUUUGGUUAUUAUAUUCAGAUGUGUUAGAGGAGCUUGAUUUGUUAAAGAUUGCAGCUCCACCAAAAUCUUUCAAAGAAAAUGAUGAGAUACCAUUGAUGUAUUAUAUAGGUCGUCACGAAGAUCAGGUUUAUAUUCAUCCAUCCGACGAUAUGAAGUCUGUCGUAAGAAUUGAGUUGGACAAAAUAACGUUGCACAAUGACUAUAAAGCUGUUGCUCGAAGAACAAUUUGGAAACCAUAUCUAGCAACAUCAGCUUCCCGUACUCCAUCUAUUGUUGGAAAAACAGAACUUGCAAUUCGUCGUCCAUGGGAUUAUCCUUUUGAUAACGGUCAUUAUUUUUUUGGCAAAAUUAACUCGUUCGAUGAAAGAAAAGAAUGUUUAAGGAACAGUACUUUCAACAAAGACGUUGAUAAUCAAGAAUUUCUUUUUAAAUUUAAAUCGUUAAUAUCUAAAUGGUGGAGGGAAGUUGUAAUUCUCCUGUUCACAUUUGUGUUUUUUGCAAGACAAAUAUUUAAAUAUUGGCGAAAAAAACGCAUUUUGGAUUUACGAAUUGAAAGUGAAAGCAACGAAGUCUUGACGUUAAAUUUUUCAUGCGGUAAUGAAGAUGAGUUUGACGAAAGACAAAAUAGUUGUGAAAUUAAAAAUACUGUUCCAUCGUCCUCUGAAAAGUUCAUAUCUAGAUACCAACAAGAUUUUGAGCACAUGGCUUGCUUGGGUAGUGGAGCGUUUGGAUUGGUAUUUCAAGCUAAAAAUAAAAUCGAUGAUCGUCAGUAUGCUGUGAAAAGAAUAAGACUUCCUUCUAGUCCAAAAGCUCGAGACAAAGUGAUGAGAGAAGUCAAGGUUUUAGCAAGUUUUGAACAUCCUGGUAUUGUACGCUACUAUAACUCAUGGUGUGAACAACCAUCGGUCGAGUGGUUAAAGGAAUGGGACGAGAAACUGCGCGGAGAUAGUAAAUGUCCGACUAUGGAGUCGAUAUCAUCUUUCACUUGUUCUUCAUCAGACAUACAAUUGAAAGAAAUGUCUUUUAAUGAUCAACUGUCAGAUUACGAAAGAAAUAUUGACAUAAGUUACAGUCGAAGGCGACAUGACACUAUCACGGUUGAAAAUGAAGACGAUUUAAUCACAUACGGUCUGGGACCGAAUACAGAAGAGAUUGUUGACACGUCAGCGUCCUUUGAAAUUUCCAAACACAGCGCUGUCAAUAACAAUGCAACAAAACUGAGCUAUGAAAGUUCUGGAGUGGUUUUUGAAUCUGACUCUUGUCAACAAUAUGUGCAGACAUAUUGUUCUUCAUCUGAGAAUGACGAAGUAAAUGAUGUUGAUGAACUAGAAACGUCAGGGAAACAUCGUUUUGACUUGCAUUUGCUUUACAUUCAAAUGCAAUUGUGUCGAAGAGAAAGUUUAAAAGAUUGGUUGAAUAUGAACGUGACAAACAGAAAUUUUUAUCACAGUCUUGACAUUUUCAGACAGCUUAUAGAAGCUGUCGACUACAUUCAUCAGAAAGGUCACAUUCACAGGGAUUUGAAGCCAUCAAAUAUAUUAUUUGCACUGGAUGGUAGUGUUAAAGUCGGUGACUUUGGUUUGGUUACGGCAUCAAACUCUUCAACUGUUGAUGAAAAUGGAUACGAGGAUUCAAAGAAAUAUUUCAAUGAAAACCUUACUGGUCAGGUUGGUACACAACUUUACGCUAGUCCUGAACAGGAGACUGGUACGAGUUACUGUUUUCGUGCCGACAUCUUUUCGCUUGGAGUAAUUUUUUUCGAGUUGUUUUAUGUGUUUCAUACUGAUAUGGAAAGGUUGAAGACGUUAUCCGAAUUGAGAAAGAGAAUCAUACCAGAAACAUUUUUGGAAAACAUGCCACUGCAGAGUGAACUAACUUUAUGGCUUUUGGCAAAAUCACCAACAGACAGACCUACAGCUAAAGAAAUUUUCAACAGUCAUAUUUUUAUUGAACUUUUGAACAACUUGUCAACAAUGGCUAAUACUGUCUACGAUCGUGAAUUCGUGAAAUUAGCCCAACCAUAAUGAAACUACGAGUAAGAAAUGUUUUUAUAAAUGUAUGAUAAUCUGUUCUGUUUGAUUUGAACGCUAGAACAUAGCAAUAAAAUAUUUUUUUAUGUUGUCAUUAA